CCACGAUCUAAAAAUGGAGUGCGGUGGAUGUGCUGGGAAUUUCUUAGGCCCAUCGUUAGACCAAACUUGCGGAUCGGGGUCCGUAUAUCUUUUUAUGACCCUACUGGAUACGUUCAUCAGGAAUACUUGCGACAUAUCUGAACUAUGCGAAAGGGUAAUUCCUAAAAGAAGACCAGAUUCUGAGUACGAUUUCGUAGUUAUAGGUGGCGGUAGUGGUGGAGCUGCAGCUGCAGGUAAACUAUCGCAAGUUUCUGGCUGGAAAGUGCUGCUCAUUGAAGCUGGAAAUGAUGAACCACCAGGAACUCAGGUACCAUCGAUGGUGGGCAAUUUCAUUGGCAACGAAUAUAUAGAUUGGGGUUAUAAGACUGAACCGGAACCAGAAGCUUGCCAGGGAUAUCCUGAAAAACGGUGCUUCUGGCCAAGGGGUAAAGUCCUUGGGGGAUGCAGCGUACAGAAUGGAAUGAUGUAUAUGCGAGGAACGCCCAAAGACUACGAUAAUUGGGCAGCCGCUGGCAAUACAGGCUGGAGUUACAAGGAUGUCCUGCCGAUCUUCAAAAGUUUCGAGGACAAUAAAGAAAUUGGAACUUUGGUUGAAGCUGAGUAUCAUGGAACUGGAGGGCCAUUGACUACUAGAAGAUUCAUCGAUCAACCUCCUUUAGCCUACGACAUCUUAAAAGCUUCAUUGGAAAUUGGUUAUAAACCUAGUAAGGAUCUAAAUGGAAGGCAGUAUUCAGGGUUUGCCAUUGCGCAAUCAAACACUAGAAAUGGGGCUCGUCUAAGCAGCGCCAGAGCAUACAUAAGACCGCAAAGAUUUAAUCCAAACCUCCACGUAAUGUUAAACUCCACUGCAACUAAAAUAGUUUUAAAAACGCAAGGAAAGCAGAAAAUCGUAGAUGCUGUGGAAUUUGUCUAUAAAGGCACAACUCAUAGAGUCAAAGUUAAUAAAGAAGUUGUUUUAGCAGCAGGAGCUGUUAAUUCACCUCAGAUUUUACUGCUAUCUGGAAUUGGUCCUAAGCAAGAGCUUGAUAAGGUUGGAAUUAGACAAGUUCAUGAACUGCCAGGUGUUGGAAAAAAUUUAAAAAACCACGUUGCUUUCUACGUUAAUUAUCUUUUGAAGAAAGAAAAGAACUAUGCAGAUUUGGAUUGGGCUGCAGCUCUAAACUAUAUCGUUAAUAGAAAAGGACCAAUGACAUCCACAGGAAUGUCUCAAGUAACCGCACGUAUAAACUCAAGAUACGCAGACCCAAGUGGCACCCACCCCGAUCUUCAAAUAUUUUUCGCCGGUUACACAGCAGAUUGUUCUAAAACUGGAGAAGCAAGGGCCUUAGCAGAACCUGAAAAACCCGAUAAGCCUAAAAUGCUCACUAUAUCCCCAGUUACUCUUCAUCCGAAAAGUUUAGGUUACAUAACGCUCAAGUCCAAAGACCCAUUAAAAGCACCAGCGAUGGUUGCGAAUUAUUUGACAGAACCAGAAGAUUUGGCUGUUUUGAUAGACGGAAUGAGGGUUAUUCAGAAACUUAUGAAUACGACUGUCAUGAAGGAAAAAUAUGGAGCUGAACCGUAUAAAGAGGAAUAUGGGGACUGUAUUAAAAAAUUUUCGUAUGAUUCAGACGACUUCUGGGGUUGCGCUAUAAAAUACGAAACAGGACCUGAAAACCAUCAAUCUUGUUCGUUAAAAAUGGGUCCAUCAACCGAUCCAAUGGCAGUAGUGGAUAACAAACUGAUGGUUUACGGUAUCGAUGGCAUAAGAGUAAUGGAUGCCUCUUCGAUGCCAGAAUUGGUAUCAGGAAACACCCAUGCAACUAUUGUAAUGAUGGCAGAAAGAGGAGUGGAAUUUAUAAAAGAAAGAUGGUUGCCAGCUGUUAACACGAUUGGUGAUAGAUUUGGAAAUUCUGAACCAUUUGGACAGUAUCCUGCACAUACUUAUCCAAAACCAGUACAACAUAAUUUUAAUAAAGGUGGUUUUUACCAUUAUCAAGGACAUAAACAUGGUGUAAAAUCAAGAUAGAUCUAGAUAAUUAAUAAUUUUUUACAUUUUUAGUAGUAGAUUUUUUAUUUUAUUAAGAAGUCUCGUUUUCGAGUAAUUAUUUAUUUUAUAAAAAUGAAGAGAUUGACAUAGAAUUAAUUUAAGAAUUUGGUUAUUUUUAUUGUCGAAACAGCGAUAAUAAAGGUGAU